UUUUAUAAAAUUAAAAUAUCUAAAAUGGAAAUUUAAACAUUUAAGUAUAUUCUAGUAGACUUUAAAUUAUAACUUCACAACAAAAUGGGUGAUACUGCAUUUGAACAGUCGCAGCCCGAUCUGACAAAGGAUGUAGAUAUUACAGAUGGGAAAUCCAAGUUGAGGAAGUGGCUAAACAUGAACUUCAGGAUUGAGAUGACAGACGGCCGGGUACUUAUUGGAGUGUUCCUAUGCACAGACAGAGACGCCAAUGUUAUUUUAGGUGCCUGUUCAGAAUAUCUGAAAAAUAGCGGCGGUGAAACUGAGGAGCCACGAGUGUUGGGACUGGUGAUGGUGCCAGGACGACAUAUAGUGUCCAUACAAAUAGAUGACACCACACCACCAAAGAAAUUUUAUUAUGAGGAAUGAUACCCGCAUACACUGACAUUGUAAAUACAGUCAUAGUCACUAUUAUAUUAGGUUUAAAUUAUAAUAAUGGAAAUUAAAUAAUACUGAAUGUUUGUUUACGAAUCGUUUCAUUUAGCUUCCGUUGUGUCAUCGUUUACUACUCUCACAUCCACACAGAAAGUUCCAGGAGUUACAUUCCAAAAAACAUGUGACACAAAAAAAUAAAUUCAUAAUGACUCUCUGGUCUCUGUCUCAAAUGACAGCAAAAGUCAUAGAGUACCUAAUAAAUAAAUAUUAUUACUUUAAAAUUUAAUUUUACUCAAUUCUUCUUAAUUAUAAACAAGACAACGCCAUCUAGUUCCUAACUGAACAGGUUACAUCUUACUAACAUUCUAAACGCGAAAGUUUAGAAUAUGGAUUGAAGUUUGUUACACUUCAAAGUACUGAACAGAUUAAGAUGACUAAUAUAGCUUAUACCUCAGAAUAAAACAGGCUAUGAAUAUCAUGCCGGUGAAAUUAAUAUGCAAGUAAUUAGAAUGCAAGAUUUUAGACAUAAGAUAAUAACAAACUUAUAUAUAAUUACUACUGAACAAAUUAAAAAUAUUCUACACAAACCAUUGCCAUGAAAAAAGGAAUCGUCAAAACCUUUUGAUUUAAUGUUUUUCAAACAAUAUUAGAAUUUGAAUGAUUUAAGGUAUAAAAUAAAUAAGAUUCAACAUCUCCAGGACAAUAUCUUUGGCCAUAAAUUUAAGUCAUA